CAUUUUCUUUAACCCUAUUUCUUAAUCUUUUUCCUUCUUCGGUUAAAAUAUUCAUUCUCUUUCGAUAAUCAAAAACUAUAUUCACAAAAUCAAAACGGCGUCGUUUUAGUUUUCCGUUUCUCCACCAAUGUCCACCACCACGAACGACCCUUUCUCAAACCACAAACUCUGUGGUUUUCUCUCAACCGUUCUCACAGUAACCCCACAGCAUCAAAACGACACGCGUUUUAACGACCGAUGCGAAUUCUUCAACGACAACAAUGCAAUCGCGUUUCGGACUCAAAACGGUGUCGUUUUGAAUCCAAUUAUCGAUUCAACGCAAUGCGGCGAGAGUUCGAAUUUGAGUUCGAGCGCGAGGAAGGUGAAGAAGGUUGGGAUGGUGAAUGGGAGUUUCAGUGUUGUGAACCAGCUUCAUGCGUUGGUUUUGAGGAAAUGUUUGGAUAUUGAUGCACAUGUUUUGUGUGUUGCGGAGGUUGAUUCUAGGGUUAGGGUUGUUGUGAUUGUUGAUGUUUAUCUUCCGGUUUUGGUUUGGAGUAGUGGUUGGCAGUUUCCGAAAUCGGGGUCUGUUGCUGGUGCUGUUUUCCGACAUUUAAGCUGUGAUUGGAAUGAGAGAAGUUCAAUGCUUUCUGAUCCAGACUACUGUAGAAAGAUACAUGGAGAAAAUGAGUGCAUUUGGAACCUUUCUGAUUGUCAUGUACUUGGUUGCAAGCUCCAUUCUUCUGUGAGCGGUUCUUCAAGGGAAAGGCUAUUUGAACUUCAUGAAAUUUUUAAGACAGUACCUUCACCUUGUGUAGGAAAUCAGCAUAACUUUAAUAUUUCCAAGAUAAUACCUAUGGACAACACUGGCAGAUCUGGGAUUUGGGAUAUCUCUGAUGAUAUUUUAAUUAAAAUUCUAUAUUCCCUGGGCCCACUGGACCUCAAUAGGGUUUCUGCAACGUGUCAUCAUCUAAGAUCCUUGGCUGCUUCGGUAAUUCCUUGCACAAAGUUAAAUCUGUUUCCUCAUCAGCAGGCAGCAGUUGAAUGGAUGUUGCAACGUGAACGAAAUGCUGAACUUCUGCCACAUCCUUUAUAUGUUGCUCUUUCAACUGAUGAUGGCUUUAGUUUCCACGUAAAUACUGUAUCUGGUGAUAUAGUCAUUGGGGAAACUCCCACUAUCAAAGAUUUUCGUGGAGGAAUGUUUUGUGACGAGCCUGGCUUGGGUAAGACUGUAACAGCUCUUUCUCUUAUCACAAAGACACAAGGUACAUUGGCGGAUCCACCAGAUGGGUCACCAGUAGUCUGGUGUCAACAUAGCACUAACAAAAAAUGUGGCUAUUAUGAGAUCAGUGGUAAUAACACGACUGGUGGUUAUACUAUUAUGGGUAAGAGGGAUGUGAGCCAAGAUUCAGGUAGAAGUAAUGAGAACCACGAUUUCUCCUCCGAAAGAGCCAAAUUGUUAAAUCCUGAUCAGGAAAUCACUAAACCUCAUGAUUCAUGUUCUGUAGGAGAAGACACAUCACCUCCUGAUGCUUGCUCUGAGGAAUAUUCUCCUGCUAGUCGGUGCACUAGAAGCUUGAGUCGCGUAAAGAAAAAUUUAUAUUUCACAUAUGACGAGGAAGCUAUGAUUUCCAACGGUAGAAGAGUUGGCAAAAGAUCAAUUAAAACAAAACAUGCAUCAGAUGUUGCAUCCCAUGUGUCUCAAAACAAGCUUGUUGAUACUUCAUACGGUUCUAGACAGAGUUACAAGUUGCAUGGGAAGCGUAAAGUUGAUUGUUUGGAGUACAGUGAUACGUGGAUUCAGUGUGAUGCUUGUCACAAAUGGCGAAAGCUUGCGGAUAACAGUAUGGCUAAUUCCAAUGCAGCAUGGUUUUGUAGUAUGAACACUGACCCUUUGUAUCAGAGUUGUAGAGUUCCAGAACAGUCUUUUAAGAACAGCUCUAAGAUAACUUACUUACCAGGAUUUCACUUGAAAGGAACUCCUGGUGGUGUGAAACAAAAUGUUUCAUUUUUCACUAGUGUACUUAAGGAGCACUACUCAUUGGUAAAUUCUCGGACGAAGGAGGCUCUGACUUGGUUGGCCAGAAUUUCUAUUGACAAGCUUGCAGAAAUGGAGACAAAUGGAAUACGGAGUCCUAUUUUAAACAACUGCACUUUGUCUAACGGGACUGUGAAUCCAUACCACAAAGUAUUUCAAGCAUUUGGCCUCAAAAAGAAAGUAGAGAAAGGUGUAUACAGGUGGUUCUACCCAAAAAAUCUUAAAAAUUUGACUUUUGAUGUGGCUGCCCUUGGCAUGGCUCUCUGUGAGCCAUUAGAUUUGGUUAGGUUAUACUUGUCAAGAGCAACCCUGGUAGUUGUACCAGCAAAUUUGGUCGAUCAUUGGAAAGCACAAAUAGAAAAGCAUGUGAGGCCUGGUCAAUUGCAGGUUUAUGUUUGGAACGAUCAUCGGAAACCAUCUGCGCACUCGCUUGCUUGGGAUUAUGAUGUUGUCAUCACUACAUUUAGCCGUUUGAGUGCGGAGUGGGGCCCACGUAAGAAGAGUGCUCUAAUGCAAGUGCACUGGUUUAGGAUAAUUUUAGAUGAAGGGCAUACUCUUGGCUCAAGCCUGAGCUUAACAAACAAGUUGCAAAUGACUAUUUCAUUGGUUGCUUCAAAUCGGUGGAUACUAACUGGAACUCCAACACCGAACACUCCUAACAGCCAACUUACACAUCUACAACCAUUGCUAAGGUUCCUUCAUGAAGAAGCUUAUGGACUGAAUCAAAAAUCAUGGGAUGCUGGCGUGCUUAGGCCAUUCGAGGCAGAGAUGGAAGAAGGUCGGUCUCGUCUGUUGCAUUUACUUCAGAAAUGCAUGAUUAGUGCUAGAAAGGAAGAUUUGCAAAGUAUUCCACCAUGCAUCAAGAAAGUUGUUUUACUAGAUUUUAAUGAGGAACAUGCUAGAAGUUACAAUGAGUUGGUACUCACUGUUCGGCGUAAUAUAUUGAUGGCUGAUUGGAAUGAUCCUUCGCAUGUGGAAAGUCUACUGAAUCCAAAACAGUGGAAAUUUCGUAGUGGAGCUAUAAACAAUGUGAGGCUUUCAUGCUGUGUUGCUGGACAUAUUAAAGUUACACAUGCUGGAGAAGAUAUUCAGGAAACAAUGGAUAUGUUAGUGAAAAAUGGUCUAGAUUCUACUUCAGGGGAGUAUACCUCCAUAAGAUACAGUCUCCUGUUUGGUGGCCACUGUGUCAGGUGCAAGGCAUGGUGCCGACUACCUCUCAUUACGCCAUGUCGACAUAUGUUGUGCCUUGAUUGUGUUUCCAUUGACAAGACAAAGUGUACAUAUCCUGGCUGUGAUAACUUGUAUGAGAUGCAGAGUCCUGAUUCAAUGGCACGGCCAGAAAAUCCUAACCCAAAGUGGUCUGUACCCCAAGAUCUUAUUGAGUUACAACCUUCUUAUGCGCAGGAUAAUUGGGAUCCUGAUUGGCAAUCAACAUCUAGUAGUAAAGUUGCAUAUCUCGUCCAGAGGUUGAAAGCUUUGCAGGGAACCAAUGAAGAGAUGAGUUCAUAUACUGGCAAUAGCAAUGCGAUGUAUAUUGAAAAUAGUUUUCCUUUGCACACAAGUCAUUCCUCAUCAUCAUUCCAGGAAUGUUCAAGUAGCAUCAGUACCAACGUAGUCCCUGAAAAAGUUUUGAUAUUUACUCAGUUUCUUGAGCAUAUACAUGUCAUUGAACAGCAGUUGGCUGCCAACGAUAUCAAAUAUACUGGAAUGUAUACCCCAAUGCAUUCUAGUAAUAAGAAGAAGUCGUUAGCCAAGUUCCAGCAUGAUUCCAGUUGUAUGGCACUUCUAAUGGAUGGGAGUGCUGCAUUGGGUCUUGACUUAAGUUUUGUUACCCAUGUAUUUUUAAUGGAGCCAAUUUGGGACAGAAGUAUGGAGGAGCAAGUAAUUAGUCGUGCUCAUCGUAUGGGUGCUUCCCGUCCUAUUCAUGUGGAAACAUUAGCAAUGCGUGGUACAAUUGAAGAGCAAAUGCUAGCAUUUUUACAGGAUGCUGACAAACGUAGAAGAUUUCAUAAUAAAGAUGUCGUCAAAUCUGAAGAUGGUGGGGGACGAGGGUGUCGAUCGGUGCAUGAUUUUGCUGAAAACAAUUAUCUACUGGAACUUAAAUUUGUAUAAACUAGUUCAGAAAUUCCAGAAGGUUUGUAUGUGGCAGUUUUUCUCGUUUCUAGCUUUGCCAGGAAUCGCAAACUCGUAGGGACAACGAGUUAUGUUGCAUUUGGAGAAUAAUAGCUGCAAUGCAAGUGAUUUUUAUUGACAAUUACUUUAUAACUUUUUAUUUGGAUUUUUGUCAAAAAGAAAAAGUAAAAAGGGUAUGUUUUUGGAAGUGAUAAAGAUGGUGAAUAUUACUGUGAUUUCUGUCUAGCAAAACAAAAAUCAGCCUAGUGCU